UGCACUUAUCAUAUCACGACCGUACGACAAUAAAUGUCAUCGCGCCGUCUGGUGAUGCAUCAGUGCGGUGUCAAUCUUAAUCGUGAAACGUUCUGUGUUCUAAGUCGAGAUGUUGAAAGCUUUGAUUCUGCUAACAUGCUACAUUUGGUUCGCCAAUGGAGCAACGCAGUGUAGUGUUGAUCUCCAGAGGAAUUUCAAUAAACGAUCGCCACUUCUACUGGAACAAAAAGGGUCAACCUAUUCCUUGCAGAUACCAGAUGGUUCAAAAUUUCGUUGGAGAGUAGGAAGUGGUGUAUUGAUUGGUUGUAGCGAUGCAUCGAAUAGUAUAAGUAAAGUCAGAGAUCACUCCGCGCGCGUUUCGUGUGUGCGAAAUCUAGAAUUUACACUCCGAAAGAAAAAGUAUCAAUUCCGACAACUAGAAUGCGUGAGUCCUGUAACAAGUUCGAUACAAUCACUGAAAACAAGCUGCGGUGGUGGGUUGGGAACACUUUUCAACAUUGGGUUUGAAGUUAAAGGUUUACCAUUCGUGAAAUAUUUCCAAUCAUGUUACAACGUGAAGGAUGCUUCCGCAAUAUAUACGGAGCACGAAAUUUUUGGCCGAUCCAUCGCUUUGGCACAGCGCAGUGGUGAUCAUUCUUUCAAGACUGGUGGAAUAGCCAGUAAGGUGAGAUUUUCGGAGGAAUAUCUACAGGUUUCGCAAAGAGAAAGAUUGGAAAAACUGCUCGGGUCGACAACUGAAGCCAACAAAUACAUGUCAUCCACGUUUCUAGCUAAAGGUCACCUCACACCAGACCGUGACGCCCUACUGGAUACAUGGGCAACCGCAACAUAUUUUUACAUCAAUGCAGCUCCCGAGUGGCAGGUGGUCAAUACAGGUAACUGGAAACGUGUUGAAAACGCCGCUCGAAAAAAAGCGGAAACUCUGAAAGAUACAAUAAGAGUGUUUACUGGGGUUUAUGAUGUGCUGAAACUACCAGAUGUUAACCGAACAAUGGUGCCAAUCACACUGACUGACAGAUCCCAGAUACCCGUACCGAAGUGGUUCUGGAAGAUUUUGUAUCACAAGAAAUCUGAUUCUGCGAUUGCAUUUGUCACACUGAACAACCCUUUUGCAGCCACGAAAGAAUAUCUGUGCAAAAAUAUCUGCAAUAUGCACGGUUGGGAUCAGCAGGAAUAUGGGGAUCUGAGUAGAGGAUUAACUUACUGUUGCACUGUUAAAGAGCUUCGAAGCGUAAUCAAAUCCAUUCCCGCGAGUGUAAAUGCAAAGAAUGUUCUUAAAUUGCGCUGAAAAAAUACACCUGAACAUGUUAGAGGCUUUUACAAAAAAUAAAAGUUAAGCAUAUCAAAUAUUGAAA